AUGAGAGCUUCAAACAACUUGCUGUUGCAGUGGGCAACUCUGCUCACUACUACAGUAGUUGCCUCAAGCUCAUACAUCAAUCGGAGAGCCGAUGUGUCAGCCUGCAAACUGCCAGCGACGAACGGCGUGUUCUUCAGCUCUGGAUUCGGCUACAAGUACGACUGCGCUCCUAGCAAGGGCACCGUCAAUGCGAUCCACAUCUUCAUCGACUUCCCGGACCAGACUGCCUCAGAGUCUUCUCCGCAAGACGUCUACGAUAUCCUGAUACCCCAAGCCCAGCAAUGGUUUAAUACGUCCUCCUAAGGCCAGCUAUCGCUCAACAUCACCGCAGACACGAGCCGCUUCUACCGCAUGCCAAAGAGGGCCGCCGACUACAAUUCCGUCAGACCUUUAUCGCAGCAAGCUCACUAUGCCUACGUUCAAGACGCGCUGGAGCAGUGGCUUGCUGUCACCAACACGCCGAUUCCCAAGGUUAACAGCACCGAGGGCCCUCUGACCGAUAUCUUCUACGUCAUCCCGACCAGCAACGCCACGGGUAUUGAGCUGUCUGUAGCGCUCACUGGUGGCGCGUAUACCAAGAAUGUCAACUACGUUGCGAGAAAAGCCGUCACAAUGGGCAUUGACACGUUCGAUUGGUGGCGUUAUAGGGCGGCGAAUCACGAGACGGGCCAUACCUUUUGCUUGCCGGAUUUGUACCCAAUCCCGACGGGCGACACGGGCAUGUACGCCGGCAACUGAAGACUGCCCA